AUGUCCAAGCAUCUUUUUAGUUCAGCACCAUCAACAAGCUAUGAGUUGAAGUAAUGCCACUCUGAGGCCAUACCUGGGGAUAGCAAUUAUAAAUAUGGAUACUAUUGCACUUAGUAGCAAGCAUGCUGUGAUUUCAAUAAUGAGAGCGAGGGUAAUAAAAAUGAUUUCAAAGAGUAAUUGGUAUAAUGCUGUCCUAGUGAGAAGAGUGUCUGCUGCGAGAGCAAGUAAAUUAGCCAACAGAGAUGGUGUUGUAGUAACACCGAUUAACAAUUGAUUUGUGGAUAAGAUUAUUUAACUUGCUAGAGGUAAGAUGGGAAAGUUAUAGACGGAUUAAAACUUGAGUUGGCUGAGAAGAUUAAGGUACCGAUUGUCAAAUUAAAAGAAAAAAUUAAUGAUUAAAAAUGA